UUGAAGUUCAUUCCAAUACUAGAAACGAGACGUGACGUAUACGACUUAGAAAAAUAAUUUAAAAAAUGUUUUUGACCAUGAAGAGCGUAUACCUUCUUGUGUUAGUGAGUUUGUGCCAGGGCCUACCUCUGGACUCAAAGGCCGGACUACUGUCAGCCCCUCAUCUAAUAAGAGUGAAUAUAAUAGACCCACCGGCUAUUGAAAUGACCUGGAAUAAGAUCGAGAGUGCUGACGUGGCAGAUCCUGUUAUCGGUUAUAAGGUUAAAGUAUGGGAAGUGCAGAACAUCACAAACACUCUGUUCGUCGUUGUACACGGAAACGUCGAGGAGAUCGUCAAAACUGAAGAGCAGGGUAUCGACCUACUAUCUGAACUUGAUGGAGCACCUGAUGAGAUCCAGGUCCCAGCUGAUGUGACCACAGCAGUCUACAGGAAAGUGAAGUUGGAUAUCACAUACGAAGUCAGGGUCCAAGCCUACACGAAGCUAGAGGACGGUCCUCUCUCUGAUCCAGUCAGGGUCAAGUUAAGCAAACCUUAAUAAUGAUGAUGAUGAAUUGUUACGUGUCUUGAAUUGUGAGAAUCUGAGUGUUUAUUUGAGUGUAUUUUAGUUUAAUAUUUCCUAGUGGCUAUAAAUUUUAAUUGUUUAAAA